AUGUUACCGCGUUCGAAGUACAAGUCCAAUAGCGGUGCAGGUCUACUGAACACCGUAAUAAAUAGUCUACCGUUUGAAUUACAUCUGCCCGGUUAUCAGUACUGCGGGCCGGGGACCGAUUUAAAAAAAAGACUCGCUCUCAGCCAGCCGGGAAUAAACGGUUUGGACUCGGCGUGCAGGGAACACGACAUAGCUUACGAAAAAAGUAAUUCUUUGUCCGAUCGCGGUGCGGCCGACAGUGUAUUGGAAGAACGUGCUUGGAGCAGAGUGGGCGCGAAAGACGCCGAUUUUAAAGAAAAAGCCGCCGCGUGGUUUGUAACGACGGGUAUGAAGGCUAAACGCAAAAUCGGUGCUGGAUGUGGGUUCUCUAGUAUUGUCGGCGUGUGUAAAAAAGCGUUAAAAAAAUCGUUAAAAUCGUGUUCGGGAACACCGAAUAUGAACAGUUUAAUUAAAUCGACUGUCCUAGUCGCGCGAAAACAUGUAAAGUCUGUGGGGACUCGAUCGAAAAAUAAAAAUAAACCGCCUCGCGUCAUCAGAGUUCCGAAAACGGGGGGCUCUUUAACUUUAAUCCCGGUGUUGGCGGGACUCUCGGCGCUCGGCAUCCUGGCCGGCGGCGUUGCUAACAUCGUUAGAACGAUACGCGGUAUUAGAUCGGACGUCGGCACAUCCGUGCAUUUAGGCAAAGGCGUGUAUCUAAGGCCGUAUAAAAGCGCGGGCUCGUAUACUAUAGCACGGAAAUCCAGCGCUAUUACAUCGCGGAUUAACAAACGAAAAAAAUCGGUGACGCGAAAAAAACAAAAUAAUAAAUCUCGAAAAAUUAAAUCUAAUAAACAAAAUAAUAAAUCUCGAAAAAUUAAAUCUAAUAAAAAAUCGUUGAAAUCGAAAAACUAACUCUGCCCAAUCGUGCCCUUUACGAUUUUGAAAUUAGUGAAUACGCUAAACGCGCGAAAAUAUCUCAUUUCAGAGGCGUAUAUUGCAUAGACAGGUUGCCCGUCAGUGGCGUGCAGAACAUUUUUCAGAUCUGAGGCAAACUAUACAAUUUGA